UCUCUGCUUUUUCAAAAUCACAAAAGGAAAAAAUAAAAAAAGUCUGGAUUUUGGGAAUUUUUUUUUGUUUUGUGGAGUAAAAAAGCUUCGUGCUUGGUGCGUUCGAUUCUGGUUUCUUUUGUCUACUUCUCAUCGCUUUGCUUCCUCGAUCUGUCUAGGGUUUCUCUCUUAUUUGAUCAUCUCUUCUUCUCUAUCGCCUUUGGAGGUACUUUUUUUUUUUUGACAUAUAGAAGAGUUUUUCAUUCUUAUAUAGUUGAAGUGUGGUCGUUGUCGUCUGCCAUAUAGCUUGUUCUCAGUGUAUCCAUGUUUGAUGGAUGAUGAGGAUAUGGAGUUUGCUGAAGCAUAUUUUAUGACCUGUGUGUGGACCUGAUCAAGACAGGAAUCUUGUGGGGCUUCUAGUCGGCUUGGAACUUCAGGGGUUUCCAUACUUGUAGGGUUGCAAUAUAGAUAAAUGGAGGACGAUGGAGAACUGGGGAUGUUCUUUCCUAGUUGGAACAGCAAGAAUCCAGUUGACUCGGUUGAGUCUCGCGGUUUAAUGUUCUCUUGUUUUGUUGCUGCCCUUGUUGGUAUUUUGACCAUCGCCUACACUGCUUUUCAAUGGCGAAGAAAUAUCAACUUAAGUUGGACAAAAGCCAUAGCCAGGUCAAAGAAAAACCCAAAGGCACGACAUACGGUUCCUGUUGCCCCACAUAGCUGGGAAGUCGACCCUAUAUCUCGUGCAAAAAACUUAAACUGUUGCGUAUGCUUCAAGUCUAUGUCGCCAUCGCAGGCAAUUGUAGCUUCAGAAAGUUAUUUCCACAGGUGCACAAUCUGUGGAGCAGCAGCACAUUUUAACUGUUCUUCAAUUGCGCAUAAAGAUUGCAAAUGUGUCUCCAUGAUUGGAUAUGAGCAUGUGGUGCACCAGUGGGCAGUGCGGUGGACGGAAGGGGCUGAUCAGCCUGAUGACUCCUCGUUUUGUAGCUACUGUGACGAGUCAUGUAGUAGCUCUUUUCUUGGAGGUUCUCCUAUAUGGUGCUGCUUGUGGUGUCAACGUCUUGUGCAUGUUGACUGCCACAGUAACAUGUCAAAUGAAACAGGUGACAUUUGUGAUUUAGGCCCGCUUAGAAGGUUAAUAUUGUGCCCUCUCUACGUUAAGGAACUGACACGGAAUCCCUCUGGAGGAUUUCUGAGCUCUAUCACUCAUGGUGCUAAUGAACUUGCAUCAACCGCCCUUGCCAGUAUUAGGAGUCAAAGCAAAAAAUAUAAGCAAGCUAAUGAAACUUCAGCUGACACAGGUAAUAGUGGUAGCAAUUGCGAUGAAUCGACAGAAAGCACAGCUGACACAGGUCCAACUGUUAACGGCUCCCAUGCUAUGCUUGAAAAUUCUAUCAGUGUUAUGAAUGGGGAUUCUUCUCACGGGGACAGUGACAGUAAUGGCAAGCUGGAAAAGAAGCCAAGUGUUAAGAGAAGCGGGUCUUUUGGUCAGAAGGAAUAUCUGGCACUAAGGUCGAAACUUAAGUAUGAGCUAACUGAUUUGCCUUCAGAUGCAAGACCGUUGCUGGUUUUUAUUAAUAAAAAGAGUGGUGCUCAACGAGGUGAUUCUCUUCGUCAACGCCUUCAUCUUCUUCUAAAUCCUGUGCAGGUUUGUGAAUUGAGUUCAGUGCAGGGACCAGAAGUGGGACUUUUCCUCUUCAGGAAGGUUCCUCACUUUAGAGUUCUUGUUUGUGGUGGAGAUGGUACUGCUGGUUGGGUUUUAGAUGCAAUAGAGAAACAGAAUUUCGUCUCUCCUCCUGCAGUUGCUAUUCUGCCUGCUGGAACCGGGAAUGAUCUAUCCCGAGUUUUGAAUUGGGGUGGUGGUUUGGGUUCUGUUGAGAGACAAGGAGGCUUGUCUACGGUACUACAGAACAUAGAGCAUGCUGCAGUCACUGUCCUUGAUCGUUGGAAAAUAUCGAUUUUGAAUCAACAAGGAAAGCAACUCCAGCCGCCAAAAUAUAUGAACAAUUAUAUAGGGGUCGGGUGUGAUGCGAAGGUCGCCCUUGAGAUUCACAAUUUAAGGGAAGAGAAUCCAGAGAGAUUUUAUAGCCAGUUUAUGAAUAAAGUUCUCUAUGCCAGAGAAGGUGCAAGGAGUAUAAUGGACAGAACAUUUGAAGAUUUCCCUUGGCAAGUUCGCGUUGAGGUGGAUGGUGUUGACAUCGAGGUUCCUGAGGAUGCGGAAGGAAUACUUGUUGCAAACAUUGGAAGUUACAUGGGAGGGGUGGAUUUAUGGCAGAACGAAGAUGAAACAUAUGAAAACUUUGAUCCACAAUCUAUGCAUGACAAGAUAGUGGAAGUCGUGAGUAUAUCUGGAACAUGGCACCUUGGAAAGCUUCAGGUCGGGUUGUCUCGUGCGAGAAGGCUAGCUCAGGGGCAAUCAGUCAAGAUACAACUUUGUGCGCCUUUACCUGUGCAAAUUGAUGGAGAACCAUGGUCUCAGCAACCAUGUACCUUAACCAUAUCUCACCAUGGCCAGGCUUUCAUGCUAAAGAGAGCUGCGGAGGAGCCACUGGGUCAUGCAGCGGCUAUAAUCACAGAUGUUCUAGAGAAUGCAGAAACCAAUCAAGUGAUAAACGCUUCACAGAAACGAACACUGCUUCAAGAAAUGGCUCUACGGCUGACUUAAAACAAGAAAAAAAAAAAGAAAAGAAAAGACAAAAGACAAAAGCCUUCUCUCUUCAACAACCAGCCAACUAUCAAUGGUUAGUUAUUGACUUAUUGUCUCAUCGUUAGGUGUUUACAAAAUGUGUAUUUACAUAUCUCAUACCACUGUCUGACAAAGGAAAGUUGGAUGGUUUCCGAGAUCGAAAGUUGCUGAAUGCAAAAUGUGGAUUAUUGUGUGGAAUUAGGAAAAAAGGGGAAAAGGAACCAACAAAUGGAUUCUGGUUCCAAGAUUUUUGGGUGUUCUCAUAGUGUAGUGUUAAGAGUUACAUGAAUGAAACUGAUACAAAGCUUGUUAAAUUAUUUCUCUUUUUCUUGUAUUUAUUAUAUGUAAUGGGUUCUAUUUCAUA